GGCGGCGGCGGCGGGGCCCGGAGCGCGGCCGCGCCAUGGAGCCCAGCGCAGAUUGAUGCCGAGGUGCUGAUCCGGGCGCUGCCGACCCCAAGCUGCCGGGAAGGAUCCAUGAGCCACGACCUCGGCUAUGGACAUCGUCCUGUCGGAUUUUGUUCGCUCAACGGGGGCAGAGCCAGGGCUGGCCAGAGACCUCCUCGAAGGCAAGAACUGGGAUCUGAGCGCAGCCCUGAGUGACUUCGAGCAGCUGAGGCAAGUGCACGCGGGCAACCUGCCCCAUUCCUUCAACGAGGGCCGCCCCUAUAAACCCCCUGAGAAGGAGACGCCGCGCCCCGGGCGGCCGCCGCUGCAGCGGCAGGAUGACAUCGUGCAAGAGAAGCGCCUGUCCCGAGGCAUCUCCCACGCCAGCUCCACCAUCGUGUCCCUGGCCCGAUCCCACGUCUCCAGCAACGGCAGCAGUGAACAUCUGCUGGAGAUGCCCAUCUGCACCUUCCAGCUGCCCGACCUCACCAUGUACACCGAGGACUUCCGCAGCUUCAUCGAGCGGGACCUCAUCGAGCAGUCCAUGCUGGUGGCCCUGGAGCAGGCUGGUCGCCUGAACUGGUGGGCAAAUGUGGAUCCCAGCUGCCAAAGGCUGCUUCCCCUGGCCACCACCGGAGACGGGAAUUGCCUGCUCCACGCUGCCUCCCUGGGAAUGUGGGGGUUCCAUGAUAGAGAUCUCAUGCUCCGCAAAUCCCUUUACACCUUGAUGGAUAAAGGCGUGGAAAGGGAAGCCCUGAAGCGGAGGUGGCGCUGGCAGCAAACACAGCAGAAUAAGGAGUCUGGCCUGGUUUACACGGAGGAGGAGUGGCAGAAGGAGUGGAACGAGCUGAUCAAGCUGGCAUCCAGCGAGCCCCGCGUGCACUACGGCACCAAUGGCAGCGGCUGCGGAGGUGUGGAAAGCUCGGAGGAGCCCGUGUAUGAGAGCCUGGAGGAGUUCCACGUCUUCGUCCUUGCCCACGUGUUGAAGAGACCCAUCGUGGUGGUGGCAGACACGAUGCUGCGGGACUCGGGGGGAGAAGCGUUUGCCCCUAUUCCCUUUGGAGGGAUCUACCUUCCUCUGGAAGUCCCAGCCAACAAAUGCCAUCGUUGUCCAUUGGUACUGGCUUAUGACCAAGCCCAUUUUUCUGCCCUGGUAUCCAUGGAGCAGAAGGAGACCACAAAGGAUGAAGCCGUGAUCCCCCUGACAGACUCUGAGCACAAGCUGCUCCCUGUGCACUUUGCUGUGGAUCCCGGGAAGGAGUGGCAGUGGGGGAAGGACGACAGUGACAAUGUCAAGCUGGCCAGUGUGACGCUGUCCCUGGAGGCAAAGCUGCACUUGCUGCACAGCUACAUGAAAGUGAAAUGGAUCACGCUGCCUUGUGACACGCAGGCACCUUUGGCACAGCCGGAAUCCCCCACGGCCUCCGCUGGUGACGAUGCUCGAUCGGCUGCUGAGUCGGGAGAGUCGGACAAGGAGUCGGUCUGCAGCAGCUCAGCCAGCAACGGGGGCAGCAGAGCUUGCAAGGACAAAGAGAAACCAAAGAAAGACCGGGAAAAGGAUAAGGAAAAGGACAAAAAACGGGUGGACUCGGUUGCCAAUAAGCUGGGCAGCUUCGGGAAGACUUUGGGGAGCAAGCUAAAAAAGAACAUGGGCGGCUUGAUGCACAGCAAAACCACCAAGGGCGGCGUGAGCAACGGGCAGGGAGAUACCUUGGAGAAGAAGAAGAAAGGUUCCUUGAAGGCGAGGAAAGGCAGCAAAGAGGAAUCUUCCCAAGGAGAUUUGUCAGCUCCUGUGGAGAAAACCUGCCCGCGUAAAGCAACCCCGGAAAAGGCAUCGGAUCCCUACAAGUACAGCAACGACGUGAGGCUGAGCCUGAGCAUCCUGCGGGCUGCCAUGCAGGGAGAGCGCAAGUUCAUCUUUGUCGGCCACCUCAAGACCAGCAACCGGCACCAGUACCAGGAGGAGAUGAUCCAGAGGUACCUUCUGGAUGCUGAGGAGCGCUUUAUGGCUGAGCAGAAGCAAAAGGAAGCGGAGAAGAAGGCGCUGGGCAGCGCUGCCCCUGCCAAGAAGCUGGAGCCGGAGAAGUACUGUGCAAAGCCGUUGUGUCCGCGCUACGGCCGCCCCGGCUUAGGAUUGAGACGAGAACCAAGGUCAGUGUCUCCAGCCAGCAAUAACCAUCGGUGUGGGGAAGUGGGAGAGGACAAGGAGCAUCCCGGAGCGCCGGGAGGUAAAUCCACAAGUGUCCGUGGACACAGCCCCCCCGCGAUAACUCUUUCUACUUGAGCUACUUCUGUACUACCUCCGUUCUGCUGAAUCGAAUUAACUCGGCUCCAUUUUGCUGAGCCACGAUAACUGACCUUAGGCUGAGGAAUAUUAAAGGAUAUUUUUGAUAAUAGGGCUAAAAAAGAGUGAACCCUGAAGUCCAAGCAAACCUUUAACUCGCUCACACGCUUCAUGUGGUCCCUUCCAUCCCCUUCUCCCCCCAUCCCAUCCCAGCCCCGCUCCCGUCUCGCACGGUGGGUUGCAUUGAGCACUGCGAUGUUUGCACACAUCCUUGGGGUUAGGUUUGGAACUGCAGCUCCCGCCUCCAUCCUGGCUCAGCGUUUUCCUGCAGGGAAUAAACCCUGCCCGAAACUGAUCAGAGCUUUACAACAUUCCCCCCUUUUCUGUUUUUGGGGUUGUUUUGUCCGAAGGCAUCAAACUAUGCAAAUCCCUCCUAACCCACUGCCCAGCCUGGUGAUAAGGGCUUAGAGAGCCAGGCAGAGGAGGCGAAAGUGUACUUAGCACUGGGGAAUCACCCGAAGCCUUAUUCUCCCAAGUACCCCAAGGCUUGGCUCUAACCUACACGUUUUACAGUUUAAUGUGGCUAAAGAACCCAAUGAAGGCCUUUUGUAGAGGAGGAUGCGGGAAUGUGGUCCUGCUGGAUUGGAUCAAGCCAUGGGAGCUGCUUGUCAACAGCUUCUAUCCUGGUGAGGGUUGAGCUGUGAUUGAAGCAGUUCUCUUUGGGUUUAUUCAAUCCCCAAGGGUCAAUGAGCCUUGCCCAGCGCGAUGCAGAAGGAACAGGUAUUAAAUACUGAGGGCUCUGUGCCAGGGUUUUCCUGCAAACUGCAGGAAUUCCGAUGUAUUCCAUCACAGGGAUGAGGAUGUGGAGCACCGGUUAAGCGCUGCGGUUGCCCUGCAGCAAUCUCUUGCUUCACCCCAAAUAUUAAGGCAUAGAAAACCCCAAAUCUCACUGUAUAGGGGGGUCACUUGGUUUCUAGACCCCUUCCUCCAAGAGAUUCCUGUUGUUUUGGAGUGGAAUCCCUCUUUUUCUUGGGAGACCCCAUCCUGAUGGAUGCUGAAGCUUGUGUGGUGGGGAUUUUUGGACCUGCUCGUGAUGAUACUCCUGGCCUCUGAUGGUAGCAAAGUGCUGCUGGUAAAGCAGUGGAGGUUUAGGGGAGCUUUGCUUUAACUUGUCCAUGUGACAGAGUUGUGAGGAAUAUUGUCUUGAAGGGGGAAACACAGCGAAUCCCAGCAGCAGGAAUCCAUCCUAGGGGAAAACCAUCCCAAAUCCCAUGUUACCGGAGCUGCUGUCACUCUUCCUCCUCCUGAGGGGGAGUUCUGGGGGGUAAAUCAAGUUGGGCCGGGUGCUCUGUGUUCAUAUUGGUGAGGUUUGACUGUAUGGAGGUCUGAGGCCGGGAUACGGGUACGAAUGUGUCCCCAUCCCGUGGGACCACCUGGGUUUUAUGGCAGUUAUUGGAAUUUGGGUCAGAAAAUGACCCAAGUGGGGCUCUGGUGCCGGGGACAAACCUUUGCAGAAGGUGUUCCUAUGGAGAGCAGGGUUUUGGCUGUUCCCAUGAGCCCCAAGCCCCGGUUGGGUUGAGCUGAACCAGUGGCACCUUCAGAACCACAAAGGAUUUUUUCAGGUCAUUUUUGUUUCCUUUCUGGUGAAACUUGGAAUUUUUGCUUCCUCUUUCUUUGUUUUUUUAAGGGAUUAUUAAAUACAAACUCUAUUUAUUGACAGAAGAUAUUCCCCAUGGAUUCAGGAACACCCCUGUGGUGCGUUCAGCCCCAUCCCAAGGCCAGGUUGGACAGGGCUUGGAGCAACCUGCUCUAGGGGAAGGUGUCCUGGAGGAGCUUUAAGGUCCCUUCCAACCCAAACCAUUCCAUGAUUCCCAGCGUGGGACUGGCACCAUUGUGGGAUUCAAUGGGGAGGGAGCAGCUCGUGCUCCAAAGCACCUUUCCUGGAGGAAAAGCACCAAACCUGUCCUAAGGAGGGGUUUCUCCCAUGGGAGAGGCUGUGACCUGACUUUAAGUGCACUUAAUGGUGUGGUUGGAAGGAACCUUGGUGCCAUCAGGCCCUGGGUGUGGGAAAACCCUUUGAAGAGCAUUGGAGUUGCGUGAAGGAGCAUUUGCCUUCACUGAUCGCCCUGGGGAAGGCUGAGGGGGUGCUUUGGUUCCCCCUGACCCCACACAAAGUGACCUGAAUUAACUCUGCAAUCGUUUAAUUCACCAAAAUACUGCAUUUUCGCCCGUUUGGUUCCAUGGUCAAUGAAAGCCUCGGUUGGUGAUUUCUGUCCUUGUUCCUCCUCGGGAGCAGCGGCCGGCGUGGCGCGGGCUGGACACUGCAUCCUUCCUUUGUGUUACCAUAGACUCACUGACAAUAAACCACGUUCAACUAACGAA